AAUUUUACGAAAACAAAUGAGAAAGAAACAGAAAAUUGGAAUAAAAUUUUUUAAAAAGAAUACAAGGACUAAGUUUCCAUGUUUUUGCAUGAUUAAUGAGACAUUUGCAUAUUAUAAUUGCUAUCAGUAGAAUACUGUUUUUGUAAGAAGCAUGUUUUCAAAAGUAGAGAAAAUAACAGAAUUUCCAAUUUAUAAUAAGUGUGCUGCCCAAAAAAUCCUUGAAAUUCGGAUAAAAACAAUACUACAAACUUGAAUUUACUGCAGCAUAAAAUCGAGUUAUAGCUUAAAACAACACUUGCAAUCAAUUACAGUAAAACAUUUUUAAUUUUCGCUAUUAACAAUAUUAAAAAUAAAAAAAAUAUACAAAGGAACAUUGCAUAAAAGCAUUACUGGAAUUGUCUGCAACAGAUGGAAACAAAUUACGAGUUUAUAAGCUCACGCGGGAAAAAAAUACAAUUGAACAAAGUGUAUUAAACGAUUAAAAGAUAAAGAGGAAAUAAAAAAUUAAAACGAAAAAUUAAAUUAAAUAAAAAGAAAGAAAAAAGGAUAUCAAAGAGUUUAAAUUCCUCCAAGCAAUAUUGUUUUUUUCUAAAGUGAUAUUAAGAGCUAUAAUUAUUUAAAAAUGGCCUAUACGGAAAAAUCUUCAUCAUCUUCAUCGGAAAAUCUAACAUUAAGUGGCUAUCAAUUAGAUACAACAUUAGCAGAUGCAUCAUACUUAUAUAAUGGAAUAAUUAAUAAUAUAACAGAUUUUGAUAAUUCAAAUUAUAAUUUAAUAAUUGAUAAUUUAAGUAAAGCUUUAAAUAUAUCACCUGAGAAUCUAUCACAUUAUGUUAAUGAUUCAACAAUACAAUUAAAAGAGCGUAACUAUCGUGAAGCGUUAACGUUAAUUUAUGUUAUAACUGUUUUUUAUGCAAUUAUAUUAGUUUCCGGUAUUGUUGGUAAUUUAAUAACAUGCAUUGUGAUCUCUCGUAAUAAGUAUAUGCAUACAGCAACGAAUUUUUAUUUAUUUAAUUUGGCUGUUUCGGAUUUGCUGCUGUUAUUAUCAGGAUUACCACAAGAACUUUAUUCAUUAUGGCAUCCAAGGUCUUAUCCAUUUACAGAUUUUGUUUGUAUUACAGAAAGUACACUAUUGGAAACAGCUGCUAAUGUAACUGUUUUAACAAUAACAGCAUUUUCAGUGGAACGAUAUAUAGCAAUAUGUCAUCCAUUUAGACAACAUAGUAUGUCAAAACUAUCACGUGCUAUUAAAUUUAUACUAGCUAUUUGGUUGACUGCAUUUAUCCUGGCACUUCCACAAGCAAUGCAAUUUGCUGUUAUAGCGGAACGUGGAUCUACAUUAUGUACGUUAAAAAACUGGUUUUAUGGACAUGUUUUUGCUGUAUCAGGAUGUGUAUUUUUUGUUGGACCAAUGACUGCAAUAUGCGUUUUAUACGUUUUAAUUGGAAUAAAAUUAAAGAAAAGCAAGUUACUGCAUGGUGUAAAAAGAUAUGACAGAGGAAUCAGUGCUCAGACAAGAGUAAUAAGAAUGUUAAUUGCUGUUGCGGUAGCAUUUUUUCUAUGCUGGGCACCAUUUCAUGCACAACGUUUAAUGGCCGUCUAUGGAUCUACAGUUGAAAAUCCCUCUAAGCUUUUUAAGAAAGUUUUUCCGGUACUAAAUCAUGUUUCCGGUGUAAUGUAUUAUCUCUCAACGUGUAUAAAUCCUCUACUAUAUAAUAUAAUGAGUCAUAAAUUUCGAAAUGCUUUCAAGCUUACUUUAGCAAGGCAAUGUGGCCUAUUUGGAUCCUACCAAACACAAAAUAACAACUACUAUAGUGCUUUACCACGACCGAAUGGAUCAAUGCGCUUAAAUAUGUCAACAUUGGAUCAUCGUACAACAGUUGUUCAUCUUAAUAAAAGGGAAUCCGAUUUGUCUUUGCUACACGAUAACAGUAUUAAUAAUGCUAAUCGUAUAUCAAUGCGCAGCGGUUCAACGGGUAACCAUUGUCGUUGUACAUCAGUUAGCAGUCAAUCAACAUUAAUGACAACUUUAAGUAAAAACGAUAUUUAUUCAACUGUAACUAAUGUUACACCGAAUCGUAAUCAUCAUUUAGUUAAUAAUUAUUGUAAUAACAAUUCAUCCAGCUGUAAUUCAAAUCGACCAUCAAUUAAUAUAUGUUGUAAUACAACCAUAGAGGAAUCAAAUCAAAAAUAUAGUAAUAGUUGUUCACCAACAACACAAACACCAGAUGAUUUACAAAUUUCUUCACUAGAAGAUAAUCUUGAUGAAAUGGCUGAUUGCCAUCGUUUAAAAAAUGUUCAACGUUAUCAAAAUUGUUCAGAAAAACAUCCAUUAAAAUCAUCAGCAGUAUAUAUAAGCAACCAUCAUCAAAAACAGUUUACUGCUGGCAAUGAUAAUAUUCAAAAUGAAAAACAAUUACCUACAUACACAGCUGUAGCAAUGUCAGAUGGUCAACCUGGAAUGUCUGCUACGGUAGCUGUUAUAAUACCAUCGAAAAAAUUAAAAUCAUCAUCUUUGGGUAACUGUAAUCUUAGUAAUAAUAAUAAUAAUUUUAACUUUCGAAAAUCAUUUGAAUCUCAUCCAAAUUCAAUGAUGGCAUUAAAUAAUGGAACGAAUCAAGGCUCCUUUAUUAUUAGUAGUAAUUUAAAAGAAAUGACGUCCGAUCACAAACAUCAUCAUAGGAAUCGCCAUCAACAUCAUCACAAUCAAAAACAUCGGGAAAAUAAAAGUAAAAAAGAUUUUGAUGAUGCUAUUAAUAAUACGUUAUGUAGAAAUAAUAAUAUGAAUAAUGGUAAUAAUCUUUCCGAUUCUGAUACAUUAAGUAGUAUCGGUAAUCUUAAUUAUAGUUGUAGUUGUAGUAGCAGUAGUAAUAGUUCAUGUAGCGAUACAAAUAAAUGUGAUAAAUUUUCAUCAUCAAUAUCAAGUAACACACAACAGCAACCGAAAUUAAAUAAUGAAAUUUGUGAUUUUAAUAGAAUUUCUCAAUCGAAACAAAAUAAUGAUAGUGUUGUUGGAAUUAAUCGAAUUCAAAAUAAUUUAGGUGAUACAAAUAUUUUAACAAAAUCAAAUUCUCUUAGUGACAGUUCUAUAUCUGAGACUUCUGUCAAUGAACUCCAUAAUAAAAAUUUAGUAUUAAAAAAUGCUAUACUAGAUCAUCAAAAAAUUACACCCGAAUCAGAAUCAAAUCAAUCUAAACAAUCAAUAGAAAGUUUAAUUAAUGCUAAAAUGAAUAAUGUGUUAAGUAAUACAGCCAGUGAUAAAAGCAUAAAAAUAAGAAUACCAUCAACGAAUAAUAGUAAUAGUAAUAAUGAAAAAUUUGUAAUUACAAAUAAGGACAAUAAUUGUGAGAUUUUAGAUACAACGAAGAAUUUAAAAGUAAAUAGAAUUGAAAAUGACAAAAAAAAUAAUACAAAUGGUGAUGAUUUUAAUGAUUUAGAACAAAAUUCUAUAGUAAAUAGUAAUGAGAAAGUAAAUUUAAUUACAUCUGUAAAAGAACCAUCUACAACAAUAUUAGAAACAACAGCAAUAGUGGGAUCUUCAACAAAAAAUCCUAUAGUAAAAAACAAAAAACAAAAACGUUAGCUGAAAUUUUUGGUUUUUAAUAAUGGCAAUCAAAACAUUAUUUUCGGAAAAAUACAACUUUAAUAAGAAUAUCUUAUUGAGUUUUAUACUUUUUCUUAAGUAAAUAAUUUUGGAAUUCUGAAUAAUUUAACUAAUUAAAUUAGAAUAGAAAAAAUUCUUUAAAUAGUGCUUAUUUCGGAAAAGCAAUUUUCGACAUUUUUGUUAUGGAAAAUUAAAUUUUACGCGCGGUGCCUAUACUUUCAAUUCAAUUCUAUCACAUUCACAUGGGAGAAACUUAAGUCUUAAAUCAAUGAAUUUAUAAUUUUUUUUGGUGAAUAAAAUUUGGAUCAUAAAAAAACUGCAAAAUGUGUUACACUAAAUUAUAUAAGCAAUAAGAAUAUUUUAGUUCCAAUUGCCUAUCAUUUUUCUUUUACUUUAUAACAAUUCAUGUUGAUGACUGUUAUUAAAACAUUUUAUCAUUUUGGGUGUUAAUAAGAUAAGAAUAAUAAUUGAAUACACAUAAGGAUUAAAAAUUACAAAAAGAUGAUUCAGUACUAUUAUCUUUAAUAUUUUUUACAGCAUAUUGAACUCAGUCAAACGAGAAAUGAAAUAUGUAUAUAAAAUGAAAAGUAGCUUCUUUGUGACAUUGGCAACGAGUGAAAGAUAAGUAAGAAAAAAAAAAUGUUUUGGUUUUUUCAAUACAGAAAACUUGUACCCCAAAUGUUUUUUUAAUGUAGUGCCCUAUAUUUGAGUUAUGAUAGACAAAGUACAUGUAAAAUCGAUGCUGCAAAAAAUUUAGAGCAAGAAAUGAGGAGCGGAAAUAUUGUUAUUCAUUUUUAUUAUCAUUACUUUUACA